UGAAUUAAAUAUGCUAAAUUGAUUUAUUAUUAUAUUUUCAAGCUUGAUCUUAACUUUCAAUCUUUAACACUUAAUUUCGAAGAUCAGAAAUUUAUACGAUUUCGAGAUAAAUUCCUGCAGACGAUUCGUUUUAUGAGGCCACUGUACUUUUAAUUUUCUCCGCAACUACCCCACGCCUUUAUACCGCAUGCUAACACAUAAUCCAAUCUUUUCAAUCUCCGUCGCUUUCUGAUGUUGCGUUUCCGCACAAUUACUUUCACACUUUUCGUAUGUCCGUCCUUAAUUGUAAAGACUGACCAGCAUGUACCGACAUACGAAUUUAUUUUCUCUCUUGUAAUUGCAUUUUUUUUCAUUCCAGCACGAUCAACGGCACGAGCGUUAUUGAAAUUUAUUGCGCAGAAAAACGGAAAGAUAAGAACUUAUCCUUGCGAUUUUUGUUUGGGAAAGAAGAUAGAACGCAAAUUCCUUGUAGCUGUACAUGAUAAUUUGAAAGAAAUACGCAAAUCCUCGAAUACUUUUAAAUUAAAAAUUCAUGCUUGCUUCACGUUGCAAAAUUUUAUUGUUAUUUGAAAUUUUAAACUUGCCUGAUCGAAGACGAUCUACUUAUCGAUCGUCUUCGUGGUAAAAUGUCGCUUUAUUUCUUCUUACGUACUACAAGAGAUGGCUACACUAUCGCCAUAGCACGUUCAAAAUUCAAACAUAACCUAAUAUCUAUGCAUUAUCGAAUGAUAUAUUCAUGGACACGUAUUUAGUUUUAGAUUUCAAUCGUACAUAAAACUAAAUUUAAUAUUGUGAUUUUAAUCGUAUAUAAAACUAAAUUUAAUAUUGUGAUUUUGUAAUUACGUAAGCCGUUAGCUGAAAUAAACCUCGUUGUGAAAUGCCGCCAAAAUCUGCACUGAAUUCCAAACGCAACAAAAAGAACGUAUCAGAAUCAUGCGUUUUUCCAAGAACAGACGCUAGUAAUGCAAGCGUUUUGGAUCCAGAAGCGAAGGACCUUUUCGAAUUGGAAUUAUGUUGGUGCAUACAACAAAUGGAAGCGAGCCUAGCUGACGGCAAACUUCAAGAGAAGCAAGUGCAGGAACUUAGUAAACAAUUACAUUCGUUGAAGAGUAACACUGCGCCGUUAGUAAAAAAGAGACAAAUAAUGAGAAAUACAUUGGGAGACUACAGAGAGAAAAUGGCUGAGGACGAGCGAAAGUUUAGCAAAACUGUAUCAGUAGUUAAGUUCACUGGUUCUACCUCACUAGAAAAGAAAUCAAUAUUUAUUAAAAAAGCUGCUGGAUGUAGUACACAGAAUUCUAAUAGACAAACGGAUGAUCGUAGAACACAAAAUACAUUACAAAGUACAGAGCAGGCUGUUUGUAAUAGUAAUAAAACUGAAUCCAGUCCAUUUAAAUUCAAUUUCUAAACAUAUCAAUAAAAUUAACUGUUAUAUUUAUGUAAUAAA